UCUCCAAGUGCGAUUCGCCUUAUAUAUUAAACUCCUACAACCCCGUACCAUGGUGGCAGUGAACGAUCGCUAAAGGUGUGUGGAAAACAAAUGUUGGAAAACUCAGUUUACUCGUGGUAAAUAACGUGGUGUCUCACCUUCUCCCUCAAGCGCAAGGCGCUCCAUAAUCCAUUAAUCGACAAACAGUGGACGUGCAGCUUCGAAAGCACAAACUGUAAGCAAAUCCAUUCGCAGUAUGAACGCGAAGCUUUCGCGUGAGACAAUCGAUCAAUGGUAUUGCAUUAAUUUGCCCACCUUCGUCCCUAAAUGUAACUGAUUCCACCAUGGCCCCCACCAUGGUACGAUAUAAAUCGAACGAACGAAACCUAUCCGGCGGUAUCUCUUCGUAAUGGAUCAAUUGGUGAUCGGUUGCCUGAGACGUGCGGUGCUCGUUUGUGGAGUGUUCCUGCUACGGAUAUUCCGUUGGCUAAACGUAUCGUACUGGAUACCGACACCAAGACCCCAUCCACCGGAUACGCUAAAUCACAGCAAAUGGGGCACACAUCGAUACAUUAAAAUACACGGCAUAAAGCUGCACUACGUCGAGAAAGGGUCGAAUAGCAAACCGUUGAUGCUGUUCCUGCAUGGUUUGCCAGAUUUCUGGUACACCUGGCGCUAUCAGAUGCAUGAGUUCUCGCAAGACUACUGGACGGUAGCACUCGAUUUGCCCGGUUUCGGCCGCUCGGAACCACCCAUCUACAGUGUCACGUACAAGAUAAACAAUCUAGGACGGAUCGUCUGUUCGUUGAUCAGCACGCUUGGAAAAUCUGAUUGCAUUCUGGUGGCUAAUGGGGCCGGAGCAAUACUUGGCUGGCAGAUCAUUAAUCAAUAUCCGGAAAGGGUAUCCAAGUACGUUAUGCUCGGCACACCCUCGGAAGCCAUACUGCAGCAACUGUUUGAGCGUGGUGCAAUUCCCCUAGGAACGUUACUGAAAUCUGCAUGCCUGUUGUAUGCCGGCCGUCUUCCAGUGCUUCUUGCACGGGCUGGCGAUUAUGCGAUAUUUGACGAACUGCUUGGUGCGAAUUCAAAACCACAAGAUCUGGAAGCGUACAAGUAUACCUUCGGCCAACCAUCAGCAGUAGAGCGAGCGAUAACAGCUUUUCGGGAAAAUUUUAUCGACUUCUUCCUGGAGGAGUACGAAUUUCGUGUACGUAAAGCAUCCAACACCCCGGGACUGUUUCUAUUCGGUGAACAGGAUUGCUCAAUUGAUCCGGAAGAAUACGCCACCUUACUGAUGCACAUUUAUCAACCGUUGGAGACACGCUUUGUGCCACGCGUAGGUCAGUUUAUGCAUCAGGAUAAUCCUAAAACAGUGAACAAGUAUAUUUCCGAAUUUCUAAGAGAGCAGUUUACGCAACCCACACAUCUGAUAAGUAAUACACCGGAAAAGCAAAUAGUGGUAAAGGAAGUUUGUAACAAUUGUUACGGAAAGGCACACAGUAAUACAGAAGCUCACCAUGAUGGGUGCGCCACCAAUUGUGACGGACAGGAGCACAAGCAUUUGCUCCAAAAUCUAAGAAUACCUAUUUGUUCCUAAGCACCUAGGCUGGUUGGCUAGUAAGAGAAGCAAUAU